AGCCCGCGUACCGCAGUCGGCUCAGCAGUUCGGCGGACAGUUCCAUGGUGCUGAAAGUAACUCCAGCGUUCCGGGGCGCCGCGUCUGUUGGGAACUUUGCCCCGGCCAUGUUCGCAGGGGUGCGGUGCAGCCUCGUGUUGGCCUCGUUCUUCUUUUUGAGAGGAUGCGCCCAGAAUUUCGGGCAGACCCGGUUUAUCUGCACCUCGGUGCCGUUGGAUACGGACAUGUGCACUUCUUCUAUGCAGAGCGGCGGCAGCACGGAAGACCUGAAGACCACCGUGCUACAGCUGCGGGAAACGGUGCUUCAGCAAAAGGAGACCAUCAUGAACCAAAAGGAAACCAUCAGGGAACUAACCACGAAGCUGGGCAGGUGUGAGAGCCAGAGCUCGCUGGACACGGUCCCCAGUGAAUCCAAAACGGGAGGGGGCUCCAACAGGAAGCAGACCGGCUCUUCGAAAAACACCAUGGGGGAUCUGUCCCGGACUCCGGCUGCCGAGACCUUGACCCAACUUGGGCAAACUUUGCAGUCGCUUAAAACAAGACUAGAAACCUUGGAGCAAUUCAGUAGGAUGAAUUCUUCCAGCCAGACCAAUUCCCUGAAGGAGAUACUCCAGAAUAACAUCGAUGACUUAGAGAAGCAAGUCCUGUCCCGAAUUAACAGCCUGGAAGAAGGCAAGUACAACCCCAAGAACGAGACUGAAGAAAGAGGAAAAAUAGAAAGCACUUUAACUUCCCUUCACCAAAGGAUCAGUGACCUAGAGAAAGGCCAGAAAGACAAUCGGCCAACAGAUAAGUUUCAGCUGACUUUCCCCUUGAGAACCAACUAUAUGUAUGCCAAGGUGAAGAAAAGCCUGCCAGAGAUGUACGCCUUUACUAUUUGCAUGUGGAUAAAAUCGAAUGCCUCCCCAGGUGUGGGCACACCCUUCUCUUAUGCAGUACCUGGGCAAGCCAAUGAGCUAGUGCUUAUUGAGUGGGGCAAUAAUCCCAUGGAGAUCCUUAUCAAUGAUAAGGUAGCAAAGCUUCCUUUUGUCAUUAACGAUGGGAAAUGGCACCAUAUCUGCAUCACAUGGACAACCCGGGAUGGUGUCUGGGAGGCUUAUCAAGAUGGCACACAACGAGGCAAUGGGGAAAACCUGGCCCCUUAUCAUCCUAUCAAGCCACAAGGGGUCCUUGUUUUGGGACAGGAACAGGACACACUUGGAGGUGGAUUUGAUGCCACUCAGGCAUUUGUGGGAGAACUUGCCCACUUCAACAUCUGGGAUCGGAAGCUCACCCCAGGGGAGAUCUACAACCUGGCCACGUGCAGCACCAAAGCCCUGUCUGGUAGUGUCAUAGCCUGGUCCGAGACCAACAUUGAUAUUUAUGGUGGAGCCACCAAAUGGACAUUUGAAGCCUGCCGUCAGAUCAACUAAAAAAUGCUGCUCUUCCCCACCCUUCCCAUUCCAAAUCCAUUUAACCCUUGGUUAACAGACAUUCUCCUCACCCAGGAAUGAAUUAUGGACAAAUCUAUUUCCUUUCUCUCUUCUGUCUUUCUUUUAAAAAUUAUCUUCUUUGUUUGUUCUAAAGAAUCAAUCACAUUUUUUUAAAUCUAGGAGACUUGGAGUUUUUCAGUCAACUCUAAGGCAACCUGGGACUUUGCAACCUUACAAUUUUGAAGAGAGGGUUCAUUGUCCCCCACCCCACCCCUCUCUCUCACUCCCUCUUUUGUCCCUUUCUCCUUUGGAUCGAGACUUUAUUAUCUUUUUUUCCAUUUUGCUUUAUGAAGUCUCAUCAUGAAUGGUCUGAUUUUUCUGGCUUGCCAACUUUGUUUCAAUGCCUGAGUGCCUUUGGGCUGGUGCGACUCUUUCAGCACAUUUGUCUUCAUUUGCAUAUACUUUUUAAAGGAUAUCUCUAUAUUCCUACUCUACUCUAUGUCUUUUAAGCAGCCAGUCACCUGUGGGCAGAUAUUUAUUUUUUAUUACGAAUUAUUCUCUGAGUGAUAGGAGGAUAAACGCUUUUUGAGAGACGCAUGAUGGUGGCUUGACUAGGAGAUUUGAGGGGUGGUGGUGGGGGUAGGACUGUUCUCUGAAAUUCUUCAGGUCCCUCAUUGCUCCCCCACCAAUUGUGUAAACCUCUGGCUAUGGCCGGAGCAAACAGAGCCAUCUUUGCCCCCCAAGGGUACAUGUGAGACUCAGGAGCAUUGCCAGCUCAAGGAUCCUAGACGACUUGUCCAGAUCCUUGGUCUUUUGUAGGAGCAGCUGGCUCCUACCUAUUUUAAUGGAGCUGCAGAGCAGCUCCCUUCCCUUGUCUGCCUUCAUUUUGCUGUACAGCCUAAAGGAUCUGCCUCUGUUAGCCAUCACAAAGCCUAUGCGUAGUCCAGAAAACCUUCCUUCCACAGGCAUUGAUUACUGCUUUCCCCAAAACUCUGUGACCCAAAGAUGGCAGAAAACCACCCGGUUCAUCCCCUUACCUCUCCCUUCCUGGUUCCACAGCAGGCUCCUACUUGCCUUCCCCUCCAAAGGUAAUGCACCCUGGGCCUUUCCCCAGAAUACUUGGCUUGAAGAUGGGACUAUUUUCUUAUGACUUUAUGAGGCAUUCCCAAACCCUUACCAAUGCUCCUUUACUCUCACUAAGAGCCAUAAACCUGAAGGGCUGGGGUAGGGGGGAGUUUUAGUGGUAGUCGGAUGCAAAGCAUGUGGUUGCAGUCCGAUUUCCAUGGCCAUACCGCUGAGCUGAGAUUUUUGCCUUUUAAAUACAAAUUGGGUUCACUGCAGGUGGCAGGAUGUAUAGCGCAAGGAGCCUUGCCUGCCCUGUGCUUAUUGGACCCAAUGAGAUUUGAGGUAUACUUCACUUUCAUAAAGGUUCAUAGCUCUUCCUUUGUGAAAGGAAUAAGGAACUGCUUGAGAGAGGUUUUAAGCAAAUGUGUCAAGAAACUGAAUAAAGGGCAAAUCCUGGUUUUGCUCCAAAGCCCCAGGGAAUUAAGAAGAGGCUGUGACCUCGCCAUGCAUCUGUUUUGCCCAAUAACCAGAAACAGAGCCUGCACUAUGUUUGUUUGUUUUUUAAAAAGAACAGCACAAGGGAUACCUAACAGACUGUAUGUGGAGCCUUCAGAUAAACCUCUGCAAAAAGGCAAAAUGUGCAUUUCUUAUCGUGCUUAUAGACGGAGCUGUUUGCAUCCUGAAGGGCACCAACUAUUUUAGGAGGCUGGGAAGGUGUAGCGGUUGGCCUUUCUUGAGAGGAUUGUGUUUUGGUUAGAUAAGAGUGCCUAUUUUACCACCUUUAGUGACAAUGGGUUGCAUAGUGCUCUUUAUAGAUUCCGUCCUAGUUUAUGGUACCCUUAGAUUUCCUGCAGGCUUAUAGGGAAGGCAAGGGGUGUACUGUCGUUUCUUGCAUGUUUUCAGUAGGUGCCUCAAUCGUGUUUUACCUGGUCUAAUGCUUGCCUGCUUGCAUGGGCUAAUGCAGAGCUGUGGGGGGUUUGCUGAGUGAUAGUUCAUGCUUUAAAAACAAUUCAAAAACUAAAGUCAUCCAAGCACGAUAGUAUAGGUCAGGCAUGGCUGGAAAAAGGUGGCUAAUGAUACAGCAUUCUUCCCCAUGAUAAACAGCACUACACGUUUUUGUAUUAAAAAAGAGAAGAAGAGCCACCAGUUAAAAUAUUGGUAACUUUAAAAGAAAUCAAUCCAUGGGACCUGCUCCACUCAGCUUUGUCUUUUCCUAUAAGUCCUGGAGAAGCCAGAGCUCUUAAUCCAGUAAUUGUGCUGUCCUAAAAAAGCAGCUAUAGGAGCUGUUCUUUAAGCAUUUCUGUGGUGCAACGUACACUGUGCUGCUGAAUCAGUCCUGUUGAUGUUUACCAACCUGGAUGUACUUGGAGCUGUCCCUUCAGCACCACCAUGGGUGGGUAUUUUCCAUGCCAGACUCCCUGGGAGCUGUCCGUUCAGCACCAAGGCUGCUCUAGCGAGCACAGAAUAAAUAGCUGAUCCAGCCAAACUCAAGCCUACUGCUUAAUACGAUUGAUGUCCCCUCUUGCACUGAAUAAUACAUGCCUCUCUCAGGUAAUGCCCUUUUAUAAAAACAUACAUACAAGUAAAGAGCACUGCACAGGCAGUGCAUGUGUUUGCCUAAAGACUGUCUGACAGUUCCCAAAGGCCUUCUUCUAAAGGAGGUGUUUUCACUGGCCAUUUACACAGGUGUAGUUCCACUGAAGAAUAUAAGGUCACACCAGUUUAGGUAAUCAGCGAAGCAAGUGGUCCUAAACAUGGGUAACUUAGAAGUCCUAUUCACUUCCCUAGGACUUAACUUACAAUCAGUGUAUAGAAAUCACAGCUCAAAUGUGAUAUUAGUUGAAUCAGCAUUUUCUCUCCCUUGAAGGGUUAGCUACUCUUUGAAAUGUCAAGCCUUUUUGCUUUUGUAAAACAAAAUACACACAAAUUAUUUCUCUUGUUGUAAAAGGAGUUUACUACCAAGAAAGGUAUUUUUAUUAGAAAAGAAUAUAUGUAGAAAAACAGGUAUUCCCUGAAAAAAAUACUUUUGAGCUACAGAUGAAGGAUAAAAGGAUGAUAAAGCUUAUUUUGAGAUAAAUAAUAUUUUAUAUGGUUUCUUUUUUUAAGAAAAAGAAUUUCUGGUUUGUACUAAUAGUCUGCAGCCAUCACCCCUUUAAACGACCUCGCCCUCUCUCAUCCUGGUCAAGGAGUUUUUCUUGGCUGUGAGUGAAAAGGGAGGUGUGAAGGAUAGAAUUUGUGAGGCUCACUGAGCCAUUUUGACCAACCCUAAAGCUGUGGCAAAUAAAUAUGCAGCAUGGAUGGGCAUGUAAUAAGCAGUUCAAGGUCGAUGUUGCACUAUUGAAAGGUUGCUGCUCAUCAGAUAUUGAAGUGGGUCAUGUGACCACCCUAUGAAAUCACAAUGCUAAAGCACUAGGAGAGGGGGUUGAAAAUCUAUCUAAACAUAAUCAACACAAACCCAGCCUAGUUAUCUUACUUUUAAAUAUUGGCUCAGGGCAGCAUAUUUUAAGCAGUGCUCUUUAAAAGCAAAACCAACCAAUCCCAACAAAAUUCUACCUUGUAAGAUCGAUCUGCUAAAGACCUUUAUUGGAAACCUUCUUGUAACUAAUAAUGAAUGUUAAGUGUAAACUGAUGAAGGGGGGGAAAACAUGUCAAGGUAAAUAAAUCCAGUCCAAAUUGCGCAGGAUUUGCCAAAAUAAAAAAAAUUAAAAGGGUGAUAGUGAUAAAAUUGUAUAUACUGUACAGCGUGAAAGAGGAUAAAUGUUUCUUGAGUUGUCAUUCUGUUAACCAAAGCUGUAUAUUUUUCCUAUUUCUUGCUAUCAGUCUUUACUGGGUUUUGAAUGAGUUGAUGUUAUAUCUUACAUCCACAGUCCACAUCAGCAAUUCUUAAAAUGCACUGUUUCUACUGGUUCUUCAUGCUGUUUUUUUUUUCCUUUCCUUUUUUCAUUUUAUUGCUUAAACUACAUGAAUUGUCGAAUUUAUUUUUACACAAUAAAGAGUGAUGAAAGACAA